ACGCUUUACAUAUAGGUUGACAGGAGGAGCUGCGGCUGACAGAUGCAUCGAGAUGGGGCGGAAAGUACUCGUGGUCACCGUGCUGCUGACCGUGGCGGUCGCUUAUUACGUCUACAAACCGCUGCCCGACGCCAUCGAGAAGCCGUGGAAGCUGAUGAUGCUGGACGCCAUUUUUAGGUCAAUGAUGCACCUGGGUUUCAUGAAGGAAUACCUGGUCCUCAGUCAUUACAUCAGCUCAGUCAGGAGUUCGGUGGAGAGCAUUGAGGGCUUCACGACCUCCUCCGAGUCCAGGGAAGGGGUCAUCCCAGGGGUCAAAUUCACAGACACCACGUUCGCCGGCGUCCCGGUGAGAGUCUACGAGCCCCCGGCGGGCGGCGAGGGCCAUCUGAGGAGGGGCCUGAUGUAUCUACACGGAGGAGGCUGGGCCUUCGGAAGUGGCAAAGGUGGAGCCUACGACUCCAUCAGCCACAGGAUUUCAGACGAGCUGAACUGUGUGGUGGUCAGCGUGGACUAUCGCCUGUAUCCAGCGGUCCACUUCCCAGAACCUUUUUUGGACUGCUUCGCUGCCGCCAAACACUUCUUAUCUCCAGAGGUUCUGGCUCGAUAUGCCAUCGACCCGGAACGUGUGGCCGUGUCUGGAGACAGCGCCGGAGGGAAUCUGGCGGCCGCCGUCGCUCAGGAGAUUUCUGCGGACGACGGCGUGCAGGUGAAAUUCAGCGUCCAGGCUCUGAUCUAUCCGGCGCUUCAGGCUCUGGACUUCAACACUCCGUCCUACGUGCAGAACCAGAACAUGGCCGUCCUUUCUCGCCACACCAUGGUGAUGUUCUGGCUGCAGUACCUCAACGGCGACCUCUCCCUGCUGCCUCAGGUCAUCGCCAAUAACCACAGCGCCUCGCGGCAGUCCGCCCUCACCGCGGAGCUGAGGUCGCGGGUGGACUGGACCGUCCUGCUUCCACCCAAGUUCAGGAAGAACCACUCGCCGCUCGUGGUGGAGAAAGGAUCACAGGAGAUUCUGAAGAAGGUGCCGGGGCUUCUGGACACGCGGGCGGUGCCGCUGCUGGCCGAAGCGGCGGUCUUAGCCAAAUGCCCGCGCGCCUACAUCCUGACGUGCGAGUACGACGUUCUGAGGGACGACGGGCUGAUGUACGCUCAGCGCUUACGGGACGUCGGGGUGUCCGUCAGCCUGGAGCACCUGGAGGACGGCUUUCACGGCGCUUUCAGCUUCAUCACCUGGCCGAUGGACUUUGAGGUGGGGAAGAGGGCGGUCCGCUCUUACAUCACCUGGCUGCAGAACAACCUGUGAGAACGCUGAAAUCAAGACUAAACCCCACUUUUUACAAAGCUUCUCAGAAGUUUUCCCUCCAAGCUCAGGGUCCAAACCUGUCAACCUUUCUGAUCUUUACAGAUCAACUCACUAACCUGCAGUUACUUCCUUUACCUUUAAAAAUAAAAGCACAUGGAGUUAGCGCUCCUUUGAUUAAAACCACAUUUUUUCACCAAUGUUUUUUAUUAAAAAUUGUCAGUUUUUCACUAUUUUAAGUUCUGAUUGAUUCUGACUGAUCAGCUUUACUUACUUAACAAUAAAUGUUUUUGCACUGAUUCUGAAAAUGUGACAUAAAAAAACUUUUUCUAAAAACAGAAAGAUGACAAUCAAAGAUGAUUUUGAUAUUUUCUAGCAUGUAAAUAAUGAUUGAAUAAACUUUGUAAAAUGUU